AACGAUUUACAUCUUCCAUUGUUUUUUUGACUUCUUAUUGGGAGUCCCCUAUAAAAAUAAAAAUAAAAAUAAAAAUAGAAAUUGAAGUUGAAUUUUACUGUCAAUUUGCUGUCCAGAGGAUCUUCUUACAUCACAAUGUCGAACGUCUCCCUUUAUCCAGGCCCCACGACCCAAGAACUGAAGGAACGAUUCGUAGGACAGUUGCUUCAAGAUGUUGAUGGCCCCGCAGCAAUCAUCGAUACGGCUGUUGCUCAACGCAACUGCGCCCUAAUGCUGGAUGCGGCCAAGGCGCUGGGAGUCAAGUUCCGCGCGCAUGUCAAAACACAUAAGACGACAGAAUUGACCCGCUUCCAAGUGGGCAAUGGCAGUGAUCCUGUCAAUUUGGUAGUGUCCACACUGAUCGAAUUGGAGCAACUUGUGCCCUUUCUUCUUGAAUCCAAAGAAAAUGGAAGAGCUGUGAAUACCAUAUAUGGAUUGCCAGUGCAGCCUUCAAGCAUCAAGCGUCUUGCCGCAAUUGGCAAGACUUUGGGAGCCGGUAGUAUUUCUGUGCUUGUCGACAAUCCUGAGAUUCUACCUUUUCUCGGAAAAUAUAAACAGCUUUGCGGACAUACUUGCGGAAUCUACAUCAAGCUCGACACCGGCUACAAUCGAGCAGGCAUUGCGCCGGAGUCGGCGCAGCUCAAGGAGCUCUUACAUGCAAUUCUCGAACACGAGACUAAAAGCCCGUCAGAGAUUAAGUUGGAAGGAUUCUACAGCCACAUGGGCACGAGUUAUGGCUCAGACAGCAUCUCACAAGCUCUGGACUGGCUCGUUCAAGAAAUUGACCAAUCUCAAGUCGCUGCCGACCUUGCCAAGAGCAUUUUCCCAGACACUCGACGAUUCGUUAUUACUGUUGGUGCCACGCCAACGACUACUGCUGCGCAAAACCUCACUUCGUCUGAACCUUCAUCUUCAUCAGGUCCAGAUUCGGGUUCGGAUUCUGCAAACGCGGCAGUCGUGCGGACCAAGGAACUCAUCGAGCGUGUAAAGCGGACACAUGACGUGGAAUUGCACGCUGGGGCAUACACGACACUGGAUCUGCAGCAACUGGCAGCACAUGCACGAUCACGCGAAUCAAAUCUCUCAUUCAACGACAUUGCGUUACGUGUGCUCGUCGAAGUGGCGAGUCUAUAUCCGCACCGCAGCAAGCCCGAGGCCCUGAUCAGCUGCGGCUCUCUCGGCCUCGGACGCGAGCCAUGUCGGAGUUAUCCCGGGUGGGGCGUAGUCACGCCGUGGUCGUCUCUUGGGGGCUCGCAGAACGACGAGCAGAAGCAAGAGCAAGAGCAAGGGCAAGGGCAAGGGCAGAAUGGCUGGUAUGAUCCCGAGGACAAGGACCGCACGGGAUGGAUCGUCAAUCGCAUCAGCCAGGAACAUGGCGUGCUUGGCUGGGAAGGGCCGCGGGAGAAGAUGCGCCAGCUACAGAUUGGCGAAAAGCUGUUGCUUUGGCCUAACCAUUGCUGCAUAGCGGGUGCUGGAUACGGUUACUAUCUCGUGGUGGACUCGACGCGGCCAGGCAUCGAAAAGGACCGUGUCGUCGAUGUCUGGACUCGCUGGCGGGGAUGGUAAAAUUAUCGAUGAUUCGAUAGUGAACACUGAGCAUGUCUCUGUAUAUAGCUGGUGUACUUUCAACCUUAGUGGAAGAAUGUCCCGCGCUGUGAUUUUGAGUAUAUUACUGGAAAUGCAACUUUCGUUUUGCAUGGAUCCUAUAAAUCUGAGCAAGUAUCGGGGACAGUGCUGAACAUAAUUCAAGAAAU